UUUUGGCUCGAGUUUAUGGUUCGGGUGUCCAAUCAAAUUGCAGCAGUUUGGCAACCAGCAUGAGCACCACUUCCCCGAGCGGGUCCUUGCUGGAUGCCUCCCGAUCGCGUGUUGGUUUGUUGCUCGACGUCCUCUGUGUUGCUCGGCGGUGCUGGGAUCCUCGCAUGGCGCAGACUGCAGAGAUGGCUCGCAGUCGUGCUUUUGCUGGCGUCGUCUACCUCGCUUUUUGUGGGGGCUGCCUGGAAUUCUGGAGCCUGUGCUAAGGCCUGGCGCAGGGUGCAGCAGGGUGCCUGUCAGAUUGUCGCCCGCGCCAUCGUGGGCAUCGCAGUGCAGAUCUCCUCCGAUCCUUACGCUGACGCCCUGCUCGGAGCAGCUGGGAGCGUGAUCCGGCAAGCAACGGCGCACCAGGAGCUCAAGGCAGCGCUUAAGUGCGCGGUGGUGGAGGGCAUGCGCUUCGAGCAGCUGCACGACGAGAUCGUGGGGACGCUCACUGGAUCCAUGGUGGCAGCCUCCAGGGACAAGGGCUUGCGCGGAGCUCUGCUGAGCAUCAUCACCACGGCGCUGAGGGACGAGGAGUUCAUGUCGCAGAUGCUGGCCACGAUGACCGACGCAACCGUCUCGGCGGCUCAAAAUCGCCACCUGCGCGAUUCGGUGCUCGGCGUGGCCAAGAUCGCCAUCACUGACGCGGUCAAGGACGAGAGUUUCGUCGCGGACGUCACCACGGCGCUCACGGACGCGGGCUUGCGAGCCGCGCGGGACGGCGAGAUCCGCGGUGCGCUGGUGGACAUAGCAAAGGUCGCGAUCGUGGAAGCUUUAAAGGAUGACAGUUUCCUGCAGGUGCUGAGAGAGACGGUCGCCAACAGCCUCCGGGACGGCCAGAUAUACCGCGGUGCUGCGCUCGGCGUGCUGGGCGCGAUCAAUCCUUUCGGAAGAGGCCGCGCGCCCGCGGAGGAGGCGGAGGAGCGCUGCGAGGAGCGGUCUCCGAGCAACGCCUCCGCGGCGUCUUCGAGCUGACGGCCAUGACGCUAGGGCCCCCUCUGGGUGCGCUGGUGAAGUCGACACUUCCUCCGCGCUUCGGGGGGCUGCGCGACUGCCAAGGCGUCUCUGUCUCAUCUCGGCUGUGGGUGUAGUGCUCUCCAUCCUCCUCCUCUUCCUCCUCCUCCUAAUCAUUUUGUUUGCUCCUCACUCUUCUCCCGUCCGCCUCCGCAUACUCCUUCAACCUCGUCUUGUCCGUAG